AUGGAACAAAAAAAUAAGUUACGCUUUUCUAUUAAAAUUGGUGCGUUUAUCCUUUUAACUUGGAUAUGUCAUUUUUAUAGUGAUAUGGGUAUGCUUAACAAAUAUAUUCUUCUACACAACAUGGAUAAAAAAUUAGAUACAAUAACUUAUCGAUUACUAGCAAAACAUAAACAAGAAAAUAGUGUAAACAAUAGAUGGUUAAGUAAUAGCAUUCCAUACAAUGGAAAAUAUGAAGAGAAAUAUAAUUUUAAUGAUAUAUUAACCAAAGGUAAAAAUAAAAAAACAAAUGAUUGUUCAAUAAAUAAUAUCAAAUGCUAUGAACAAGCAAGAAAGGGUAAAUCUUUUGUUUACACUGGAAGAGAUUCAUAUUUUGAAAAAAGAAUGCUAGACAAUAUACAUUUUCUAAAUAAUUUUAGGGGUGUUACGAAUGCUAAUAUAAAUAAUUUAAGAGAGAAGACAGAUAAUAAUUAUAAAGCGAUUUCUUUUUUGCCAGGUUUUCUUGCAUUAGUUGGAUUUCCAAUAGUUCUUGUGGUGUGUAAAUCAACUUCUUUUAAUAUUUGGACAGAACAGACCGCUGCACAAAUUUUAAUUGCAGUAUUGUUUUUAGUAGUAAGUAUUUUUGUUUUAUUAGCUAUUGCUUUUGGCUGCAAAAAAAUUAAAAAACAUGAAAAGUCAACAAGUAUAAUGAGUGAGAUUCAUAAUAGAGAUUAUCGUUCUUUCCCUAAUUUGUAG